AUGGACCUCAAGAUCCUCAGCACCACCGUCAACGACGUCUACCUCAGCCCGCAGGUGCGCUCCGAGAACGAGACGCCCGAGGACGCCGAGCCUGUCACCGUCCAGGUCAUCAUCCAGCUCAGCAUUCCAGCCGGGCACAAUCCACCAUCAAAAUUGCUCAACCUCACCGCAAGUCUCGUCGGAUACGAGUCGAUAGGCUUUCCGAAGGGCGGCUUUGAGCAGAAUCAGCCUUACUACAACAAAAAGACGAUCGAAUCGGCAACCGACCUCAAGCUCGAGUCCGGCUCUAUCUACCAAUUCGAAGUGUCGUUCAGCGUCGACCACAGCACUGCGCCGUAUCAGAGAUGCAAGUACGGGAGACAUCAUCAAAAGGUGCAGGUCAAAGCCACUUUUCCGGGCCUUCUGGGCAAGAAGACACUCGUGGCCGAGAAGAAUAUGUUCUUCAUUCAGACGGUCGCCGCCACCGGUUUCUUGCCGUACUACCACGUUCACCGCGGCGCAGAAGAGGGGCUCGGCCCCGUCUUCCUUGGAGUGCGCACGCAGCAUCUCACCGUCGGAGGCUACCUGCGCAUCACGUUCUCCCUCGACAGUCCGAGCCCGACGCUCCAGCUCCACUCGCUCAAGCUCGCACUUCUGCAACAGACGACGCUCAAGUCGCGCGUGCGCCGCAACUACAUGGAGUUUCCACCCUCGGAGCGUUUUGUCUUUUUCGAGGCUGGUCCAGAAGAGCUCAAGCAGUGUCUGCAGCAGUCGAGCCAUGAUGGUCGGCUCGACGGUCUGUUGGCGCUUGCGCAGGAGCAACAGCAGCAGCAGCAGCGUCAGGAAGCCGGCGGCAGCUCGCAUCCGUCGGCGUACUCGGCGCUCAAGGUGGGGCAGUGCAACUGGGUGGCGCGCAUCCCUAAUGACUCGGAGGCUCGCGCAUCGACGUUGCCGGGCAGCGACUGUGCGAUCGGGAUGGCACACGCACUCGAGCUGACGAUCCAGUACUCGGAUCCGGCGUUGGGCAACUCGGACGUGCGCACCUACCGCAGCUCGUGGGGGCUCAUCCUGCCGUCAUGCGCGUGUCGCUGGCAGUCGAUGCGUCUGCCGUCGUACACGCCCGAGGACGCCAACCCGGUGCCCAAGGUAUCGCGAGACUUUUGGGCUGGGCGCAACGAGCACGAGUCGGUAGAUCAGUGCGUAUGCGGCGAGGAACUUUCGCAUCUGCUCGAGAUGGAGCAGCAGGCGGCAAGCGAGAGCGAGAUCCAGGCGUCGUCGGAGCUGUGGCGCGACAUGCUCAGCCACCGCCUGCAGCAGCGUCUGUUGCGCAACGGUUUUGGCGCACGCAGCUCGUCGUCGUCACCUGCAAUCUCGCGCAUCGUUUCGCGAAGAGGGAGCAUCGACGAACCCUCAGCUUCGGCAGCUUCUGCCUCGGGGACGGCAGAGAGGGGACGCCCCACACGCACGCCACCGUCGCGAUCCAACUCGGCCAAUGUUGCUGCAGAUGAUGCAGCCUCGCUGGGCGAAGGAGUGCGGUUUGGACUCAUCGAGGCGGACGACGAGAUCGAGUUUGAAAUGCAGGCGCGCGAGGUGCUGCACGACCUGCAUCUGGACGAGGCCGACUACCAGCGCGAGUGGGACCGGUUGAACGACUUGCGCAUGCGCAGGAACAAGGCGCGCAACGAGUACACCUCUGUACCCUCCCAUGCGGCGCAGGAGAGAAGGCAUCGUUCGCUGUCGGCCAAUCCGGCUCUCCGGCUGUUUCAAAAACGUUCGGCCAGCAGCAACCCUAGCCGCGCCAAUAGCAGGCCUUCCACACCCCCGAGCCCGCAUGUACAGCUCGAAGGCUUGGACGAGCUUCGUCUCGACGAGAAGGAAUAG